UGACAUAGAUCAAAAUAUUUGCGACGUGUAUUUUUUUAACGCGUUAUUUUCAUUCUUCAAAAUCAUUUUUUUAACUGUGCUGUAAAUACUGAAAUCAAAGCUUCAUCACCGUCGAUAAGCACCAAACAACAGCAAUCUGCAUCCACCAUGAGUAGUUCUGAGGAGUCAGAUAUAGAGGAAGAUUCCUAUAAUAAUCCUGAAUUGAGGGAUUUCAUAGUUGACGAUGAAAAGGAGAAUCAACAACCCAAAGAUUCAACUACUGAUAUCGAUCAACCAAUCGAUAGAAUCACUCAAAUGACAGCUCAAUUGAAACCCAAUGAAACUCAAUCUCAGAAACUUUUAAAAGCACAUAUUGCCGUAUUGGUAUCUGCAUUAGGUGGUAUAGAUCACACAUCCUCUAUCAAACCUGCUCCAUAUAAGUUGGGUCAUGAUGCAUUAGCAUGUUUAAAGGAUUUAAGACGUUGGAUUAAAUCGAUUGAUGAAACUAAUAAUAGUUAUGAUGUUGCAUUGGCAUGUGCUGAAUCUGGUUUAGUUAUUAAUGAUUUAAUAGUGAUCUUGUGUCAAUGGGAAAGACAAAAUCAAUCAAAGGAACCCAUUAAGAAUGCUAGAACUACUGAAAGAAUAAUGUUAUCAUGUUUAGAAUUAUUAGUGUUACUCACUUGGCCAGUGGAAUUAAAUGAAGAGCUGUCAUUAAAUCAAAAAUUGUUAUAUUCCAAUAUAAAGAAAUAUCAAAUCUUAUAUAAAAAAUCGAUUUUAUCUUAUAAUAAUGGUCAAACAUUAAAGUCGAUUUUAAGAUUAGCAUUACCAACAUUAUCUAAAGAAAGGAAUGAUCGUGAACCAAGAGAUAAUUCAAUUUUAAGAUUGGUUUUAUUCUUCUUUAGAAAUAUUUUAUUCAUCGAAGCUGCAAAAUCUACAUUCUCAGCUAAAUCAUCCACAUCAAAAGUUCAAGCUUUAUCUAAUAACUUACCAGCUGGUAUUACUUUAGAUGAUAUUUCUAUUAACGUUGUACUUUCAGCAUUUAAAAGGAAUAAAGUAUUAAUGUUUCUACUAACAAUGUCAAAUUUGGUAGGAACUGAAUUUGAUAAAGAUUUAUUUGGUCCUGUUUGUAUUGAGUGUGUUUAUUUGAUUAUAAAGGGAAUUAAACCACUCGACCUUUUAAACAAUAAGUUUAGGAUUAUUAACAAUAGUGUCAGUAAGCCUUCCAAUCCUGCUGCUAAUACUGAAGAAGAAAUCACUCCCUCAAUCACUACUACAUCAGGUAUGCAAUUACAAGAUAUGCUUGCUAAUGAGCUUAACAAGAAAAAAGUACAAACCCAAAAUAUAUCAACUAGACAUGGAAGGUUUGGUACAUUGUUGUCAAUCAGGAGUACUGAUGCAAACUCAUACGUUGUUUCUGGACAAGAUGCGUUAUAUGAUAUGGGUUCUACAUUUGAUAAACUUGAUAAAUCUAAAAGUUGGAAGAAUAGAUCUACUUUCAAAUACGAUUCUGAUGAAUUCAUUAAUACAAAAAUUGAUUAUUUAACUAAUGCUGGAAAUGAACUAUUAUACACUUUCAUAAAUAACUUCUUAACUGGUGGUUGUUUUAAUAAUUUGAUUGAAUCAAUUGGAUCAAUAUUGACUUCGAAUUCUUCAGAAUUUUCAAAUAUAAAUGAAUAUGAAAAGGCUACUUAUUUCUUAACUUUAUCCUGGUUUUAUAAUUAUAAGCGUGAAAGAAACAACUUACAUUUGCAGGGUUUAAUUCAAGAAUAUCAAGUGAAUACUUCUGGUGAUGACAAUUUUGACAAAUUCAAUUAUGGAUCAGUUGGGGCUGGUUUGAGUGAAGUUAACUUCAUUUUGAUUAUAUCUUAUUUCAGAACAUCAUAUGAUUUAAAGCUUUGGAGUUCGUUGCAUGUUGCAAUGACAUGUUUUAAAGAAUUGCUUUUAAUUUCUAACUCGACUUUCUCGAAUAGAAAGAAGGUUACUGAAAAUGACAAUGAUCAUGAUGAUGAUACUCAAGAAGAUAUUGAUAGAGAAUUAGGUGAAGGUAUUAUCAGAAAGUUAUUUACAUUUAACUUCUUCAUAAGUUUGGUGAUUCAAACUCUUCAUAAAGCUUCAAGUCAUUCACCUGAUUAUUUAAAUGUUUGUAUUUCAGUCAUUCAUAUUUUGUUAAAAUCAUUCGAAACAUUUGCUAAUGAAGAUAUUAAAAUUUACGUUCAAUAUAAGAGGAAAUUAUCCAAUAAGAAUAAGAAGAGUUUAAAUAAUCUUGACAAGGAGAACGAAAAUGCGUUAAGAGAUGUUAUUGAUGGUUCUGAUGACGAAGAAAAUAAUGAAAGAAUUAAGGAAAUUUCGAAGGAACGUCAAUUGGAUUUCAAACAAACAGAAUUAAGAUUCUUCCAUACUUCAAUAAUUGGUACAUAUAUUGAUUAUCUUUCAAGAUAUGAAGAUUUAACUCAUGAAGAAAUAAAACGUUGUAUUUCUUAUUUCCAUAGAUUAUUCGUGAUAAGAAAGGAUUUUGGUGGAUUAUACAGAUUAGAUUUCAUGCAACUCUUACAAAAGGUUCGUAAUUAUUUACCAAAACGUUCUAGUGUUAGAAAUCAUGUUGAAGAAUUCAUUUAUUAUUUCAUGAAGAAAUUUAAAGUUGCAUUGGCAAGAUUCCCAAAUCCUAUAGAGUUAUUAUUUCCUAGAUUUGAUGAUGUUAAUAUCAAGACUUACUUGACUACUGGAGAAUUAUUUGUCAGAGAAGAGAAAGCAAAGAGAACUCCAAAGGUUAGACUCGCUAAAGAAUUGGAAUUCACAAGAGAUAAUUUCUCAGAUGAUGAAAAGAUUAAGAUUUUAAUCACUGCAAUUUAUGAAAUUGACACCAUUAAGCCAGUACUUGAUUGGUUGACAAAUGAAUUAAGCUCCAUCUUAGAACAAAUGCUCUUGGAUGCCAGUAAAAAUAGCGAAGAUGAUGUUGAUGAUAAUACUAAUCACAUCAGUGAACAUUCAUUGUCGCAAGGUACCUUUGAAAAGCUUACACUCGAAAAUUCAUAUGUCAGAUUACUCUUACAAGUUGUCGGCUUUGAAUUACCAUUAGUAAUAGGUCAAAAAUGUAAAUUAAAAAGCAAUAUUCAAAGUUCAUCUUUAUCUGAGAAAUUGGAGCUUAUUAAAAAGUGGAUCAACAAUCAACCUGUUGUCUUUGAUGACAACAAAGAUCCUUCUUACUUUGUUAGAGAAAGAGAAUGGGAAGCUGAUUAUGAUGAUGAAUAUGAUGACGGGUAUGGUGGUGAGUAUGAAGAAGGAGAUGAUUCCAUUGCUUUUGAAACUUCGGCAAAUCCAAAUUCUACUAGGAAGGAUGCUGCUGAAUUAGAUGCUCUUGAACAAUUAGAAAGAUCAUUAGAAGGAAGUCAACGACCAGCAAAGAGUCUCUCCAAAGGUAAAGCUCUCAAGAAGAAAAAGCAUAGAAGUGAAGAACGUAAAAAGAAAAAGAAACACAGUAGUAGUAAAUCUCGUCGUCGUCGUCCACCAAAAUCUUUCUCUGUUGAUUCUGAAGAUGAAGCUCCACUUAAGUCUACUGAAUUCGUUCAUGAUUCUGAUGAUGAAUCGGAUGAUGAAAAAGAUCAACAGUUCUAUGAAAGAGAAAAUCAUUUACGUAAAUUGUUAACUGAUUCAGGUGGUAUUGUUAACGCUCAACAGUUAGAGGAAUUUAAGAAAGUCUGGGUUGAAUUGGAAAACGGUAGCGGCGGUACUCAGCGAGUCAAUCUUGUCAGACAACAAUCAUCUUUAUUUGUUGACAAUUUAGAUUCACAAGAAGUUGAUCAUGAAAUAGAAUUGCCAUUAAGUUCGCAGACUGCUAGUGACGUUUCUGACGCUGAUACGACUAAUAUUCCGGAGGUGGAUAACUCUCAAACCUCAAGUGAUAAUGAAGAAGAAGCCACAACUUCGUUAGCUAAAAAGAGAUCACAUAGUAAUUUGGUUGAGAGUGAUGAUGAAGAUGAUUCUGAUAAUGAUGGAGCUGAAGCUACGUUUGUCAGCGCACAAGCGCCAAAUGAUGAUGAUGAUAUUUCAGUCCCAACAAGAAAGAAGAGAUUGGUUAUUGAUGAUGAAGAUGAUGAAUAG